AUGUGUAGCAAAGCGCUCCUGGCACUCCUGGUCUAUGGCAUAAUAAUGCACUGCAGUGUCUACUGCUCGCCGGCGGCCGGACUUCAGUACCCGCCGCUCAGGCUGGAAGAUGAAGUCUACGACGAGGACGGGAAUACCCUACAGGACUUCGCCUACGACCACGAUCCCCUCGGUAUAGCGAACCCGUCCUCCGUGAUCGGCGAGAUGUACACCUGGUACUACCCCCCGGAAAAGAGGCACGCCGACGGCAUCUUCAGCAAAGCCUACAGGAAGCUGCUGGGGCAGCUCUCCGCCAGGAAAUACCUGCACUCUCUGAUGGCCAAGCGGGUCGGUGGUGGCAGCGGCGGCCCCGGGGACGAGGCGGAGCCGCUGACCAAGCGGCACAUAGACGGCAUCUUCACGGACAGCUACAGCCGCUACCGGAAACAAAUGGCUGUCAAGAAGUACUUAGCAGCCGUCCUGGGGAAAAGGUAUAAACAAAGGGUUAAAAACAAAGGACGCCGAGUAGCGUAUUUGUAG